AUGCCGAGCGUCCGGCCAACUGGGCUCCGUGGGGUCGAAAAGUCGACGCUGGGAGUCGCACUCGUCAAGCCAUCGCAGUACCACGCGCGCUAUGCAGGGCCUCUCGCCUCGCCCGCGACGCCGCCGCCGACGCUCGCGCUGGCUGCCGCCGCGCCGCCAGCACGCCGCAUCGACGAGUUCUUCCACUCCGAGUCGCAUGCGCCGCCCUCGGACGCCGAGGUCCAGCUCCUCGCGCUGGUACUUGCCUCGACGCGUGAUCGGCGCGAGCUGCAGGGCUGGGCGGCCGAGGUGGCGGCAGAGGAGUCCCGAUUCUACGAGCUGGGCGACAAGUGGUCGCCGCCGCCCGCCUGGGCGCGCAACAAGUCCGUCUCGCACCGCUUCACCGAGUGGUGCAUCGCCGCCUGGCAGGACAAGAUGUGGACUCAGAGCGCGGCUGCUCUGAGUCUGCUACCGGCGGAGCACGCGGCGCCGUCGCAGCCAGCCGUCGCGCGCUACUACAGGAAGGUGUUCGGAUCGAAGCCGGUGCUGCACGGGCCGAUGCACGACGUCAAGAAGCGCAGGGGCGCGCUGCGCCGGACCGUGGCCGUCGUGCCCGUCGCGAUGCUGAUCAAGGAGUCGUACGCUGUGCUGCAAAUUCUUCUGAAAAACGGCGUUUUGGCCGCGGGGUACAUCUCCGCGGGGUACAUCUUGGACUGGAUGCUGAAGAUUGCCUCGCUUCUGCUCGUCGCUCUGUCGACGUCUGCCCUGCCGGCAGAAACCGUCGACGACAUCAACCCAGCCGCUCGCGGCCUCGCCUUCGCGCCCAAGCCCUCUCCUCCCGUGCCCGACGUGGUCGACGACCCCGCCUGGCUCAUCGCCACCUCUGGGUUCUGCUCGAACCUCAACGUCGUGAUCAAGGAGCGCGACGUCGGAAAAGGCGAGACGGAGGGCGACACCGCGGCCCACUUCAUGGCCGACAUCGCCUUCAACUACUACCCGCAGACGGCGGUCAAGUUCACCGAUUUCCCUCACCACCUCGCGAAGACCAUCGAGGGCGACGCGGCUGAGGCGGACGCGCUGGUCUCGAGUGCGUGGGACCACAAGAACAUCGCGCUGCUCGAGCCGACGUCCUCGUGCGGCGCUGGCGACCAGAGCAGUCAGGCGUGGGGGAUCUCCGUCUUCAAGGUGGAGGAGCACCGCCACUGCACGGACGGCGAGACGGCGUGGGAGGGACAUCCUUGCGUCCACUACUCCGGCUACGUCUCGGCGGCUACGUCCAACUUUGUCAACGUGAAUGAGGGCCGGUUCGUCUGCCAGCUGUUUGUCGACGCCAUCGUUUUCCACUUCAACGUCGUGUGA